GUGUUGUAGUGAGAGAGGAAGGCUGCGCAACGAGCCCAUAAAGGUUAGAGGUUAGAGAGAGCUGCUAUCAGUCUGAGUAAGAAAGUGGAAAAUCAGAAAGCUGGCUCGCAGAAGCUCUGGCUCCCAAACGGACGUUUGAAACAGCGAGAACCAAAAAUCAAAUGAGAGGCUGGACAGCUGCCUCACCUGUGUUCCCAGUCUAGAGGAUACACAGUGAAGACCAAAAGGCUCGCUCGCAGUAAAAGUUGAAGGUGAGAAAGAGCGAGAGAAGGUAGAGGAGAGCUGGCACUUGGGAGCAGAACAAAAAGCAUAUCUGGAGAGAAGCCGUGAUGGAAAACCUGCCUGUCUACCACGGACCCAUCGGCAAGGAGGAGGGGGAGAGGCGGCUGGCCCAGGACGGGAGAGAUGGGUGCUAUCUAGUCCGCAACAGUGACUCUGUGCCAGGUGUCUACUGCCUGUGUGUGCUGUACAGUGGAUACGUCUACACAUACAGGCUCCACAAGGACGACGCCGGCUCAUGGGCCGCUGAAACCACUCCUGGUGUGCAGAAACGAUAUUUCCGGCAAAUCAGGAACUUGAUAGCAGCUUUCCAGAAGCCCGGACAAGGAAUUGCCAUGCCUCUGCUCUACCCUGUCACAGCUCAGAGACGGGCACAAACACACACAGAGGCACAGACGCCCAGUAAUAGCCUGUCACCGACACACAGCAGCCCUAACGCUUACCUCCAGCAGCGGCCACCUCAUGCUGCUCAGGGACAGAAAAACAGGAACAAGAAGGAGGUGCGGCAAGCUUUCGGUUAGGGACAAACCCUAAGCUCAGUUUUGACCUAAUUAUAAACAAAGAAACUGUUGCUGUUGCAUGUCACAUGCUGUGUGUGAAGUAAAUGUCAUUUUUUUUUCCAAUUAACGAGCUCCUGUUUGUUAAAUCAAGUCAUUUAGGUUCUAGCUGUGACUCAGAUCUCACUAUCCUUCCAGCAUCUCUCGCCUUGUUUUUCUGCACAUGCGGCACAGAAAGUGCCUCAUAACUUUCAGGGAUGUAAUGUGAAAAAUUCAACUGCUGAAACAUUAAUAUCCAUCACUGCAUACGUAAGUUGACAACAAAUAUUGUGCUCUGUUUUCUUAACGCAAUUCGGUUAUGUGAAUGGCAAAGGAAAUAAAUGAUAUUGGUUGAAAUAAACUCUUUUAAAUGAGGUCACGCGUACACAGCCAUACACACCCGAGCCUCCCUGUGACAUAUAAUGUGGAACAAAAAUUCAAUUUGACAUAUUGAAGUACUGAUUUCCGUGGAGAGAAUGCUGACUGCUCGAGAGGAGGGGGGCGGGGGGCUGUCAUUCAUCUGAUUGACAUUACUGGCUCUUCAUGAAAAAAAUGAGAAAGACAGAAAGAGAAGGAAAGAGAAAGAGAGAGAGCAUCCAUUCAGCCUAGACGAUUCUUCAGUGCAGUGGUCUCCUAGCAACCGGACCCUCCAUCUUUUCACCGCUGAGAUGAGGUUGGACAGUAUCUAGCGGAGCAUAUGGUUUAGAAGGGAAGGUGCAUCGCAGCCGAUCAGCAAAGUGCUAGUCAGGAACGUAUAUCACCUGCUCACAGUCAGAACAUAUGCAUUGUGCGGCUUUGUCAUCCUCAGCCCAGGAGAGAAACACAAACAAUUAAUGGUGGGCAGAUGGUGGAGUGACGGUGGGAGGGAGGCGAGUGGGGGAUAGGCAGACGGACGGGGAGGUGGAUUAGUGGUAGCUAGAUUUAAAAAAAAAGAAGAAGAAAAACAAACAAACUUCUCUACUUUCUUUUUUAACUUUUUUUGGGGUGGGGGAGACUUGGAAGUGGUUCACAUGUAGUCUGAUUGGCAUUUCCUAAUGAGAGGAGACAAGCUGUAGAGAACAGCACAGCCAACUCCAGGUCCUGCCCCUUCUGCACUCACCACCCACUCGCUGAGCCUCAGCUGUCACAUUUCUUCUUCCCUUCCUCUGUGCUUUUUUCUUUCUCUCUCUCUCUCUCUCUCUCUCCCCCUCCUCCUUUUUCUUCUUCUUCUCCUUCUUCUUCGUCUCUUCUGACAGACGCAGGUUUCUCAUGCAUAUCUCGGUUUGAGCCAUAAUGAUGGGUGAUAAUGACAGCACAGAUUUGAAAGUUACAAACUCCCAGAAACAAGAACAAAGAGCGCACAACAAAUGUGUGGAGGAAAGGCGCAGAGACGGAGAAGACACCAGAGAGAGAGAGAGAGAGAGAGAGAGAGAGAGCGAGCGGACGCAGAGAGAAAUAAUAAGCAACAAUGCCGAUGAAAUCCCACCGUGCAAUCUGGUAAUUCACACAUAAUAACUUUAAUCAGCAUUGUAACCCAAUAAAGUCAGAUUUUUCAGCGAGAAUAUUUACUAUAGCCAUGUAUAAUUCUUUGCAAAAAUGUAACUGUUUUUCUAUUGAUUAACAAUACUGACACUUACUUAUGAACAACAGAAUUUCCAGUUGAGCACUUUUUUCAGUGUGAAAGCACUGGCUAUGUACAUUCUUGAUUUUAGUAUACACACUCAUACAAACUACUGUUGGAGCACACCAGAGGCAGAAAACCAAGAGAGGUUUCCUUCUCUAAAGGGGAGUGUCAGAGUUGACAAGGCCUCUCUUACACAAUAUGUAAACGAUAGUAUAUCCGAGGUAAACCAUGUAGGAACUCAAAUGGCAACCGGAGAGCUCUUGAUUUCGAGUCAUGAAGAGGAUUAUUCACUGGCAAUCCUAAAGUCUUCAUCUCUACAGUUCAGUGGAUUUUAACAGAGUCCAAAAUGAUGAACAGUGUUGAAACAGCAAAUGACAGACAGUCAGUCCAUCGGUCCGUCGGUGAGUCAGUUGGUCGGUUGGUCAGUCGGUCAGUCCCAGGCCAGUCAGGAUACAAAAAGCAAAGCCACAGCCAAACCAC